AUGAUGGAUUCUGCUGUUGACCAUAACAAUAGUUCAGGUAGUGAUGAAGAAGCUAAAGAUGACAAAGGGUCCACCGUUAACGAGAGGGUGAUCUAUCAGGCUGCAUUACAAGAUCUGAAGCAACCCAAGACAGAGAAGGAUUUACCUCCUGGUGUUCUUUCUGUUCCUCUUAUGAGGCAUCAAAAAAUUGCAUUGGAAUGGAUGCGUAAGAAGGAAAAAGGAAAGUUGCACUGUUUGGGAGGGAUAUUAGCAGAUGAUCAGGGACUUGGUAAAACAAUCUCGACGAUUGCUCUUAUCCUAUUCCAGAAGCUUAAGUCACAAGCAAAGCACAGAAAGCCAAGAAGUCGAAAAUCUGGUGGUACAUUAAUUGUUUGUCCAGCGAGUGUUGUAAAGCAAUGGGCAAGAGAGCUUGAUGAGAAAGUCUCCGACGAACACAAGCUCUCUGUUUUAGUGUACCAUGGAUCCAACAGAACCAAAGACCCUACUGAACUAGCAAAACAUGAUGUGGUCGUGACAACUUACGCCAUUGUCACAAACGAAGUCCCCCAAAAUUCUCUGCUCAAUUUCUAUGAUGAGAUGAGCAGGAAGAGAGGUAGAGAAAGCGAUGGAAGAAGCUGUGAAUCUGGUCCACUAGCAAGAGUUAAGUGGCUGAGAGUAGUAUUGGACGAAGCUCAGACGAUAAAGAACCGUAAAACACAAGUUGCAAAAGCAUGUUUUAGUCUUAGAGCCAAGAGGAGAUGGUGUUUGUCUGGAACACCGAUACAGAACAAGAUCGACGAUCUUUAUAGCUAUUUUAGGUUUCUUAGAUAUCAUCCAUAUGCAAUGCACACUUCAUUUUGCCGAACAAUCAAGGGUCCACUUUCUAAGAAUUCUCUUAAUGGUUACAAGAAGCUUCAAGCUGUUCUAAGAGGCAUAAUGCUGCGCCGCACCAAAGGGACAUUACUUGAUGGGAAACCUAUAAUUAAUCUACCUCCAAAGGAAGUUAAUUUGAGCAAAGUGGACUUUUCAGUAGAGGAAUGGUCUUUCUACAGGAAGCUUGAAGUACUUUCACAAUUGGAGUUCGAGAAAUAUGCUGCUGAAGGGAGUUUAUUCGAAAACUAUGCUCGUAUUCUUGUGAUGCUUUUGCGGCUACGUCAAGCUUGUAACCAUCCACAACUUCUCAGAGAAUAUACAGACUCUGAUGGUUUUAGAGGUUUAACGAAAGAAGCAGUUAGAAACGUACCUAGAGAGUCUCUAAUCAGACUCUUGGAUCUCUUGAAAUCAUCCUCUACCAUCUGCUCUGCUUGCAGCGCAAGUAAACCAGAAGACCCUGUUGUUACACUGUGUGGCCACGUGUUUUGCUUCGAGUGUGUCUCUGAAAAUGUAAACGGGGAUGAGAAAACUUGCCCUGUGUCGACAUGCAGAGCAGAGCUUGCACCUUAUUCUGUUUUCUCUGAGUCUAAACUCAGAAGCUGCAUCAAAGAUUAUGAUGAUCAUUAUGGUAAAAACGCUCUUAGGGUUAUGCUGCAAAGCGAGUUUGUUUCGUCGAAAACCAAAGCUGUGAUGGAUAUUCUUCAGUCGCAUUCAGAACAAGACAGUCUAGAAGAAUCUCCAGGAAUAAAGACAAUAGUGUUCUCUCAGUGGAAUGGUAUGCUUGACUUGGUUGAGCAUUGUUUUUUCGAAAACGGUAUCAAUUUCAGAAGAUUAGAUGGAACAAUGUCUCUAUCAACAAGAGACAUAGCUGUAAAAGAAUUCAACAAUGAUCCAAAUGUGCAAGUGAUGCUAAUGUCUCUUAAAGCUGGAAACCUUGGAUUGAACAUGGUAUCUGCAUGUCAUGUGAUUCUGUUGGAUCUUUGGUGGAAUCCGACAACCGAAGAUCAAGCUAUUGAUCGAGCUCAUCGUAUUGGACAAACUCGGACCGUUACCGUGACUCGUAUUACUACCAAAAAUACCGUUGAAGAUCGAAUUUUGGCUCUUCAGGAAAGUAAAAGGAAAAUGGUGGCAUCUGCAUUGGGUGAAAACCAUGCUCUCUUCGAAGACAAGCUGUUCAUCAACAACCACAAGUCAACGUUCCGAUUCAUCCUGAGUACCAACUCCAAAAUUUAUUCGGUAAGCAUCGAUCCCAAGAUAGUGGUGCGUGAGUUAACCUUGGAUAUUCCCGGUUUAGAAUCCAAAAUACCUAACUACUUGGUUGAUUGCGAUGAGUUCUUGUUGCUAUGUGACAUGGAUAUAGGAACCGCAGUUUGGAACCCGUGGUUGAAUCAGACUAAAUUGAUCAAGCCCGAACUUGGUUUCCAAAUCGAUGGCAUAGGCUAUGUUAAUAAUAAGAAUAGUAAUACAACAAGAAUUGAGGAAAAAGUUUACAAGGCCCUUGCGUCUUAUUCGAAGGGAUCAUACCCUAACGUCGAAACAUGCUGGAAAAUCUAUGACUUUGCCCCCGAUGCUCGGGAAAACAAAGGGCAUUGUGUUGAUGAUACUACUGAGGGAGAAAAAGAACCUACAUCACACAACUUGGGUGGUGUACCGUUGAAUGGAACUUUGUAUUGGGUUGCUUUUUAUGACGAGACUGAUUCCUUGUACCACCUUACGAAAUUCGAUUUUUCUAGUGAAAAAUUUCUCAAGUUUUGUGAUCUACCGUGUGGUAUAAACCAUCGUCGCCGCGAUGCUCUUGUCCUUAGGGUCUUUAAGGGAGAUCGGUUUUCCUUGUUAAAGCAAUGCCAUGUAACAAAGAAGGUUGAGAUUUGGGUGACCAAGAACAAGAUUAACGUUGAAGAUGGUGAUGGUGUGGUUUGGAUGAAUUUCAUGACUUUCUCAAUUCCUAACUUUCCAGGAUUAGUACAGUACUACUCUAAGCCAAGUUACUUCAUCGACGACAAAAAGCUUGUUGUGUGCUCUUGCGAUGAAACCGGGCAGGCUUGGAUAUAUGUUGUGGAGGGAAAUAAGUUGAUCAACAAAGUCCAAGUAGACUCUGCGGUUGAUCGUUGGCCUUCGCAUUGCACCUAUUUUCCCAGUUUGGUCCCGGUUCCUCGAGGCCAGAGAGAAGUUUAG